AUGAAGGUAUCGUUGCUUCUUUUGGGAUGUCUCUUCUGCCUGGCCUUGGUGGUAGCCUGUGGAGCCGCCGAGCCCCAGGUUAUUGAGACGGUGGUGGAAAGGGAAGUGCCCGUCGAAGUGGAAGUUGAAACUAUCCGCGAAGUACCGGUAGAAGUGGAAAAAGAGGUACGGGUGGAGGUAGAAAAAGAGGUAGAGCGAAUAGUUAUUGCCACCCCAACGCCGGUGCAGAUACCGGAAUCCGGAAGACUCCCGGGUAGAGUGGAUCCUGUCGGUUCGAUUAUCUCGGUUAGUUCUUACCUGGGUUUCCAGGGUGUUGACACCAAUAUCGGGCAGGAUAGCGCCACCAAGGUUUACUACGACGAAGUAUUCGAAUACGCCAUUGGUCAAAACCCCGACGGAACUUUGACCCCUGGUUUCGCCACCAAGUGGGAGGUAUCCGAGGAUCAACUGACCUGGACCUUCACCAUCCGCGAGGGGAUGAAGUUCCACAACGGCGCCGACGUUACUCCGGAGGACGUUGCCUGGACCUGGACUCGGGCAAUUGGGGAGGACUCCCUGGGCGGGUUCGCUUUGGAAGUAGGACCGCUGCUGAGUUCCGGCUUUGAAGUGGCGGGCAACACGGUCUCGGUUUCCACCAUAGAACCCCAGUCCACGCUGCCGCUGUUCUUUGCUUCGGCAUCUCCUCCCAGGUCCGUGGUCUUCCCGCAGGCCUACUUCGAGAGCAUAGGCGGCAUAGAAAACUUCCGCGAAGCCCCGAUUGGGUCCGGCCCAUACGUCUGGGAAGACCGGGUGCCCGGCCAGUAUAUCCAGUUCACUGCAUUUGAAGACCAUUACGAGAAGAACCCCGGAUACAAGGUUCUGCAGAUCUGGGACGUGGCCGAACUGAAUACCCGCAUGGCCAUGCUCAAGAGCGGCAACGCCGACCUGAUUACGGCUUCUGUGCGCAGCGUUGAGGAACUGCAAUCUGCUGAUCUGCAAGUUCUCCAGUCGCCGGCCGCCAACAUAUCGUGGAUCUGGUACAACUACGCCUGGGUCCCUGGGCACCCCUUCAAUGACAAGCGCGUCCGCGAAGCCAUUUCCAUCGCCAUUGACCGGGAGGCGAUCGGCAAUGGUCUUUACGCCGGCCAGACCACCCCGGCCUGCUGCUACUGGGUAGUGGAAGGCAACAUUGGUAACCCCGGGGACGUGGAGCCCCACCCCUACGACCCAGCGCGGGCCAUGCAACUCAUCCAGGAAGCCGGGUUUGAGGGAUCUGAAAUUGAAAUCAUGACCUUCUCCGGCGACGCAGAUUUUGUUGACCAGCCUGGUCUGUCCGAGGCCAUUGCCGGAUACCUGGAGGCCAUUGGUAUCAGCACGUUCGUAUCCGUCGUCGACGGCCCGGUCCUGCGGGAGACUUUCGACAACGCCAUCAAGACUACGGAUGAAAUAGAAGAGAUCGUGAAUGACCAGCCUCCUUACCAGAUCGCGGUCCGGGGCAGCGACACUCGCAUCCACUCCUACCGCGGCUCCCACAUCUACUACCAUUCUGAGGGUCGCCGGCAAAUGAUGCGCCUGCCCGACAUUCUUGACCCCUUGCUGGAUAAGGCAGGAUCUUCCUUUGACCUCCAGGACCAGCACGACGCGAUGGCCGACUUCCACCGGCUACUCAGUCGGGACUUCUGGGCGGGUCCUCUGCUGGAGGCGGGGGCCGUGUUCGGGGCCAGCGACAAGGUUGGCUCUGGACUCCCAUCACUGGAAAGCCGUAUCCCCACAACCACUGGACGAUAA